AUGAACGACCCCCAAUCGCAGUCCCUGCCGCUUCCCACCCAUGCAUCCCCAGCCUUGACCCCCGCCGCGCCCUCGUCCGAGCAGGACUACAAUCGCUCCCCCAUCUAUCCUGAUCUCCUGGGGGCUCCGCCUGUCCCCCCGCCGCGGACGUCGUCAACCCACCGGAGUCACCAUGGUCCCGGAGAGAAGACUUCAAGCUCACGUCACGGGAAAAACAAAGCCGAGGACCGGAGCGCAAGGAGGGGGGACGAUACUCAGUUUCACCCAGUGAUAUCGCCUGAGGAAUUUUCACAGGGUACGAGCGCCCGUGCGCCGGCAGCACCGUCCUCUGCUAGCGCCCCGCACCCGGAGGAAAACAUGGAGGCUUAUUCCAGCCAGGCAGCCUUGAUGAAGGAGUCGAGUACGGUUCUCAACCAGGUCCUAGUGAGUGAUCCGUCGGUGGAUAUCGAGCGCGAGCAGGUACGGCAGGCAGGCUCAUCGGUAUCGCCCUCGACGGAGAGUGCUCCGGCGUCGGGGCUGGGCUUGGUGGGGAGCGAUGGUGUGGACGAUGGAGGUCGAGGUGGGCUGCGCAGUCGACACGACUACUCGGACCAGGCCGCCAAGCGCAAAGAGACGACGUUCGGCCAGUACAUCCUCGGACAAACAUUGGGAGAGGGCGAGUUCGGUAAGGUCAAACUGGGGUGGAAGCGCGACGGCACCAUUCAGGUCGCCAUCAAGCUCAUCCGUCGGGAGUCGCUGGGGUCGAAUCCCAGCCGGUUACCCAAGAUCUAUCGGGAGAUUUCGAUCUUGCGAGACCUGGCCCACCCGAACAUCGUUCGGCUCCACGAGAUGGUCGAGACGGACCGUCACAUUGGUAUCAUCAUGGAGUAUGCCUCUGGCGGCGAGCUUUUCGACCACAUCUUGAACAAUCGGUAUCUGAAGGACAAUGCCGCCCGACGCCUGUUUGCGCAACUCAUUUCGGGCGUGGGCUAUCUCCACAAGAAGGGAAUCGUUCACCGUGAUCUGAAGCUGGAAAAUUUGUUGCUGGACCGCAAUCGUAAUAUUAUCAUCACGGAUUUUGGUUUCGCCAAUACCUUUGACCCGGUGGAUGAGCUGGGCGAGGAGAUUGAAUACAACCUGACCAACAAGGAGUUCGUGAAGCGAAUGCGCCUCGACCGACCCAACGCCAAGGGCUUGCGGCGGGGGGAUUUGAUGCAAACCAGCUGUGGAAGUCCUUGUUAUGCCGCGCCGGAGCUUGUGGUCAGCGAUUCGCUCUACACGGGACGCAAAGUCGACGUGUGGAGCUGUGGUGUCAUUCUGUAUGCCAUGCUCGCAGGCUAUUUGCCUUUCGAUGAUGAUCCGGCCAACCCGGACGGUGAUAAUAUCAACCUGCUGUACAAGUACAUUGUCACCACGCCCCUAACCUUCCCUGAAUAUGUGACCCCCCACGCUCGCGAUCUUUUGCGACGAAUCCUGGUGCCCGAUCCGCGAAAGCGGGCCGACCUGUUCGAGGUUGCCCGGCACAGCUGGCUGAGCGAGUACUCGCAUAUCGUCUCUCACAUCACCAGCAGCACUACCAAGGUUGCGGACAUCGCCAACACGACGGUCUCUCAGGGUAUGGACUCCCCGACGAACUCCGCCGGUGCAGUCGCUGAUCGAGCAGAAGCGCACAAAGAAGCCCCGUCGCUGGCCCGCAGUGCAUCCGUCCGCGAACCUCCCAAGACCUACCAGAACCCGGUUUCUUCGGUGGGUGGCCUGAUCCACCAUGCUGGCGAUAUCUCGCAGGAGCAAGCGGCCGAACGGUCCAAGACCCCUCGCGACACGAAACGACGGACGGUCCAGGUCGAGUACGUUGCUCCCCAGUCUCAGACGGUGAGAGGCGAAGCGCCUGGUGUGGAGUCGGGGAUCGCCGAGACAUCUGGGCCGUCGGAACCUCGACCGACGAGGGCCCGGUCUAACAGCCGAGGGGUGGCGCCGAAUAUGCCAUCGGGCACCUUGGCUCAAGAUAAGUCUGGCGCAUCAAGCAUGCGGACCGAACCCAAGGCAGCUGCUGGCCCGGCGCCGGCGCCUGCACCGGGGCAUCUGCCUCGCUCCACCUCGGACAGCACUGCUCUCACCGGAACGGCCCCGGCUCCCUAUGCGACACGCCCCACGACCGGUGGCUCCAUGGCCUCGUUCAACGCUGGUCGUUUGCCAUCACGAGGAUCGUAUGGACAGCCGGUGGCACCGACCGUGGCCGCCACGAACGCCGAGGGUCGACUCGCCCAGCCGAAGAGCAAGCAAUAUGUCAUCUCCGCUCCUCUGCCGCAAGAUUCGUCGCAGCAAUCCAUCGGGCAGCCCAGUACGCAGCAGCUCCCUGCCAAGUUCAAUACGACCCCCCAACAAGAACCCCCCAAGGGCCACAAGAGGUCCAACACGGUAUCCAGCAUCGGCGAGAAGCUGUUUGGGCGGUCUGGCUCGAUUUUUGGCGGACGGGGAGGGCAGGGUAACGGUCCUCGGCAGAGAAGUGGCAAGCGGUAUCCUCCCACGAGCAUGAAAGAUCCCUACGGCGGAGACGACACUCGGAUGUCUGUGGAUUCACGACGGUCCGUCCAGUACGGGUAUAACCGCAAGACCAGCGAGGCUGGCGUGGAGGGCAGGCCUCGAAGGUUCUCUUUCCUACCGCCCUCGUUCUCGCUGAAGGGGUUCUCUUCCAGCCGCUCACAAACCCCCGAUGAAGAGUCGCAAACUGACCGCUCUACCGAAAACCGCGUGGAACCGCGCCCGUCGACCAGCGCCAUGCAGGCACGGACGCGCGCUGCCAGCUAUGGGACACAGGAUGCGAUCAACAUGGCGCCCGAGGGUGCGCCGGGGGAUGAGAUCCUAACCCAGGAGGAGCCGGUCAACUACCAGGCGCGGAUUGACCAACAAUUUGCCGUUCUGCAUUCGAACCAGUCGGGGCAGUCGGGCAUCUACCAACCGACGUCUUACAGCGUGACCUCGGCCGAACAGGUGUAUCCGAAUGACAACGAUCAUUAUUACCGGAACCAGUACGCCAACCACUCGGCGCCCAACUACUACGAGGAUUACACUGGCCCGUUGGACAAGGCGCCGCGGCCGUCGAUGCAGGGUGGCCGACCUGGGCGCGGGGGCGUGUUGCCCAAGAACCACCGCAAGUUCGCCGACGCCUACGAGUACGAGCGGGACCUGGCGCACCGUCCAGGCAGCUCGGGGGCGGCCCGGAAAGUGAUGGAUUUCUUCCGUCGACGCGCCAAGUCGAGAGCCGGCGACGACCGGUAG